AUGGCAAGUCACAAGGGCAAAUUCGACCACCUUCCGCUCGCCAACAAAGGCCCGCUCAAAGUACCUCUCCACGGCCGCGUCCUUCUGGAUAACCCAUUCUACAACAAAGGAACAUGCUUCACGACCCAAGAACGUCUGGACUUCGGACUCAAGGGCCUCCUGCCGACCAAUAUCCAAACACUUGACGAACAGGUCACGCGAGCCUAUCAGCAAUACUGCAAUCAACCAGAUGAUCUCUCCAAGAAUACCUUCAUGACCUCCAUGGCCGAGCAGAACACCGUGCUCUACUAUCGUUUGAUUCAAGACCACCUGCGCGAAAUGUUCAGUGUCAUCUAUACUCCAACAGAGGGCGAUGCGAUUGAGAACUACUCUCGAAUCUUCCGAAGGCCUGAUGGUUGCUUUUUGAGCAUUAAACAUCCGGAUGAGGUGGAGGAGCGCCUGAGCAAGUUUAUUAGAGAAGAUGACCCCGAGGGGGGUGUUGACUACAUCGUUGUCAGUGAUGGGGAAGAGAUCCUGGGGAUCGGCGAUCAAGGGGUUGGAGGCAUCUUGAUCAGUGUGGCCAAGCUGGCUCUGAUGACAAUCUGUGGCGGAUUGCAUCCAGACCGAACCCUUCCUGUAGUCCUCGACACGGGAACAGACAACGAAAAGUUGUUGAAUGAUGACCUCUAUCUCGGCCAUCGUUUCAGACGUGUCCGAGGCCAAAAGUAUGACGAGUUUUGCGACAAGUUCGUCCGCACAGCCAAAACGCUCUAUCCAAAGGCUUAUGUCCAUUUUGAAGAUUUUGGUCUUCCAAAUGCUCGAAGGCUGCUCGACAAAUAUCGGGGUGAGUUCACCGUUUUCAAUGAUGACAUUCAAGGGACGGGAUGCGUGACUCUAGCUGCGAUUAUGGCCGGGCUGCAUAUCAACGGAGUGAAGAUGACGGACUUGAGAGUGGUUGUUUUCGGUGCUGGGACUGCUGGUUGCGGAAUCGCCGAGCAAGUUCAGGCGGCCAUCGCCACGCAGUCCGAGAAGAAUAAGGAAGACGCUGCGAACCAGAUAUGGUGUGUCGAUAAGCCAGGUCUGCUCCUCGACAACAUGGUAGAUACCCUCUCCGUCGCACAGAAACCUUUUGCGCGCAAAGCCUCUGAAUGGCAAGGCAAAGACACCAAAUCCCUGGAGUCGAUCAUUGCCGAAGUCAAACCUCACGUCCUGGUAGGGACGUCCACGGUCCCUGGCGCCUUCACAAAGGACGCUGUCAAAGAGAUGGCAAAGCAUGUCGAAAGGCCUAUAAUAUUACCGCUCAGCAAUCCUACGCGUCUACAUGAAGCCAAACCGGAAGAUCUCAUCCAGUGGACUGAUGGUCGUGCUCUCGUUGCUACGGGCUCGCCGUUUCCGCCAGUCAAUCACAAUGGUAAGGAGAUCGAGGUGGCGGAAUGCAACAACUCAGUCUGCUUCCCUGGGAUCGGCUUGGGCGGCGUGUUGUGUCGGACCAAACUGUUGUCGGAUAAGAUGCUCGUGGCGGCGGUGACUGCGCUAGCCAAGCAAGCUCCGGCUAUGCAUCAUCCGGAAAAAGCCCUUGUUCCAGGUGUCGAACAGGCCAGACCAGUCAGCGUCAAGAUCGCGAUGGCAGUGAUUCGAUGUGCGGUAGAGGAGGGACUGGCGCAAGAGGUAGACAUUCCUGUUGACUCUGAUGAGGAAUUACAGGAAUGGGUAGAGGCACAGAUGUGGGAUCCGGUCUAUCGUCCGUACGUGAGGGCUUGA